AUGAAGCUCACCAACGCCUUGACUGUCUUCUCCCUUCUUGGUUCCGUCUUUGCUGUCAACCAGUGGAGCACCUACCCCAGUGUUCCUAAGACCGCUACCUACAAUGGUUUCGCCGACCCCAUCUACGACGAUCUUCCAGAGUGUGCCAAAAGCUGUGUGGAGCUCUCCACCAGAUCCACCCCUUGUCCUUACUGGGACACUGGAUGUCUCUGUGUGAUGCCCCAGUGGUCUGGUCUUGUGGCCCAGUGUAUUGUCGAGGGCUGCCGUAACACCGAGGUUGCCUCUGCCACUUCCUUGGCCAUGUCGCUUUGUAUCAAGGUGGGAGCCAACGCCUGGAUCAUGCCUUCUUCUGUUUCCGACAUGCUUUCGCUGGCUGCCGGUACUGCUUACUCCGCUCCCUCCACUACCCCAGACUCGCCAUGGACCGAAUCGUCUGUUUUACUGUCUGUGAUGGCUACUGCUAGAACCGAGGACAAGACCCGUUCUGGCGGACCAACUGAUUCGAGCAGCUCCAACGGCGCUGCUGCCCAGGGUGCCGGCGUUGCGCUUUUGUUGGCUCUCGGUGCUCUUUUGACUUAG